AUGGCUGACCAGCAAACCUGGCAGCGCCGUGUGCGCCGCCUGCUGCUAUUGACGGGCAGUCUCAGCACCGUGUACUUUUUCCUGAACUAUUUGGUGGGAAGGAUGCGCGAUGCUAGAGUCAAGUCCUUGAAAGAGAGAAGAGAGCGAGAAAUGCUGAAAGCGCACUUCAACUCUCUUCUUUCGACCAUCAGCUUCACCUUGUAUGCGUUACUUCCAACAGUUGAGCCCCAACUCUUUGUCGAGUAUCCUGUCGAGGCCACAAGUCAAGCUCUGCAGGCGAAGGUUCGGGGAAGUGCGUCCCCAGCCGACACCGGAACGACCGAGCCUACCCCUGGGUCGACACCGGCCGAUUCCCUGCUCUUGGAUCCCAACGACAACCCCAGCCAGGAUCAAUCUGCUUUCACAGUUCCUGCUGCUCCCAACAUUCCUUCAAUUUCGACGUCCGGAGACCAAGAGUCGUCUCCGGCGAAGCAUUUGCCUUCCCAGUCGUCUUCCAACGACAACUCCUCCCCCUCUGCCUCCUCCAACGUACCCCUUCCAUCGGACUCAAGCAUCGACGACAGGCACAACCUCGUGCAGUCUCUCGCCUCCGUCGGAACGACCGGUGAUGCCUCCGAGUCGUGGGCGUCGGAGUUCAGCCGCGAUAACGAUGACGACGUUCUGACCGCCUCCACCACGAGCCAGCCGAUUUCUCUGCCACCGACCGACACAAGCAGUGUCAUGCCGAGUCCCUUUUCUGACAUCUCCCGUCUGGACUCGAGUCCGCCCGCCAGGAUUGAGCGCAUCGAGCAGAGAAUCGACCCUCGGACCAAGAAGCAGCUCUGGAAGGACCUCAAGACUCAAAGUUUGUCGCGUGCCUUCGUUACCGUCUACCUCGUUCCGCUCAUCUAUCUGCUUACCUCGUCUCAAUUGACGAUUCUCGCCCGAACCCGUUAUCUCACCGACGUAAAGACUUCGAAUGCCCAGCGUGAGGUCGAGCGGGAGCAGCGGACUGCAGCCCGUAAGCGAUCAUCGCUGUUCAACUACUUUUCGGUCGAGUCUAUGGGUCUGAGCGACUACGUUGAACGCGGCGCCAACGCUGGCGCGUCUCUGGUCCCUUCGUUUGUCAAGGGCUGGUUUGCUCCCCAGAACAACAACACCGUCCCGGCUCUGACCCCUGAGGCUCUUGCUCUCCGUGAGCAGCAGCUCGAAGAGGAACGUGCCGAGGCCGAGCGUCUGUUCCUGACCUAUUCCUGGUGGCUCCUCCACGAGGGUUGGCGCACGAUCAGCACUCGUGUGGAAACGUCCGUUAAUCACGUUUUCGGCGGGGUCCCUCUCAAGCGCGAAAUCACCCCUGAGACCUGGGCCGAGCUCGUCCGCGAGAUUAGAGCACUCGUCGAGACGGACGUGCCUGAAGAUGAGGACGAGAACCACAGCAAGCCCUCGGGCCACUCGAAGCCCCGACUCUUCGACUUCACCCCACUUGUUGUUCCGCCCACGCCUUUGCCGCCCACGUACAACGAGUGCCCGCUGCCGGUGACGCCCGAGGGCAGGUACCUGCAGUCGCUCCUGGACCAGACGCGCGAGCACGUCGGUAGUGCCGACGCUCGCCUUCUCCUGGACCGCGGAGUAUCGGCCAUGUUCUCGAGCCUGUCCGACAGCCUCUUUGCCGACGGACAGAGCCGGCGCCUUGCUGAGCUCUUGCCCGAGCUGAACGCAUGGUCGCGCGGAGUCUGGGAGGGUGUCCCUGACGGAGGGGUCGAGUCGCUGCUCUCCCUUCCCGAGUUCGAGGCCUUCACGGCUCUCAUCUUUGGUGACUGGGCCCCCAGGGAUGACGGGUCCGCCGACGUUGCGGUGGCCUGUUCGCAGUGA